AUGGUGAUAAACAAUAUUUUCUUCAGCUAUUAUCUAAAAAUAUUAUUUCGCAUAACUGACAAUGAAGAUGGCAAUGUCAGUAAUACAAAUGAAGAUGGCAAUGUCAGUAAUACAAAUGAAGAUGGCAAUGUCAGUAAUACAAAUGAAGAUGGCAAUGUCAGUAAUACAAAUGAAGAUGGCAAUGUCCGUAAUACAAAUGAAGAUAGCAAUGUCAGUAUUACAAAUGAAGAUAGCAAUGUCACUAAUACAAAUGAAGAUGGCAAUGUCAGUAAUACAAAUGAAGAUGGCAAUGUCAGUAAUACAAAUGAAGAUGGCAAUGUUAGUAAUAGAAAUGAAGAUGGCAAUGUCAGUAAUACAAAUGAAGAUAGCAAUGUCAGUAAUAGAAAUGAAGAUGGCAAUGUCAGUAAUACAAAUGAAGAUGGCAAUGUCAGUAAUACAAAUGAAGAUGGCAAUGUCAGUAAUAGAAAUGAAGAUGGCAAUGUCAGUAAUACAAAUGAAGAUAGCAAUGUCAGUAAUACAAAUGAAGAUGGCAAUGUCAGUAAUACAAAUGAAGAUAGCAAUGUCAGUAAUACAAAUGAAGAUGGCAAUGUCAGUAAUACAAAUGAAGAUGGCGAUGUCAGUUUCAAGAUAUUUCAAAAUAAGCAUCCAACUUACUGA